AUGAAGGCCCUUUUGUUUUGGUACCACGGCUACGCUGCCCACAUCAACGGCCCCACUUUCCGGGAGUUCGCGGAGGGCAUGGCAGCCGGCGGGUACGCCGUGAUCGCCGUCGACCAGCAUGGCCACGGGUACAGUGACGGCGCUACGGUGCUCAUCAACGACUACAAGCAUUUGUUGGAGGACAACAUAGCCAUCCUGGACGUGGUAACGCGAGGGACCCCGGACGGGGAGCGAAGUAACCUGGGCUUGGACCCCGACAUUCGCGACAAGAUGACGCAGCUCCCGUUUUUCUUCGGCGGACAGUCGUUGGGAGGAGGGCUGUCUCUGUUGAUGGCCAUGCAGCUGAAGAAUGACACCACCAGGCCUAACGUCGGCGCCAGGCUCCUUGGGGUGAUGGCUAACUGCCCGGCAAUCCGCGCAAACCCUCCUAAGGAACCCGUGCUCUUCCUCCUCAAGCACGUGGUCGCCCCUCUCUUGCCGUCGAGACAGAUCCCCAAGUUCAUGGAAAAAGUGUCGUUGCCCGAGCUCGUGUGGCUCAAGCCCGAACACAUGGAGAUGGGAGCCCAAGACAAGAUUGGCCAACCCGGGGGUCUGGGAUGGCCCGGGACGAUGCGCUUCGGAACCGGCUCGCAAUUGAUCGACAUGCUGGGUGAGCUGUACUCGAGACUCUCCGAGGUCGACUUCCCGUUUCUUGUGCUUCACGACCCGGAAGACGGGAUUGUGCGCUUCGAGGGCACGCAGAAGCUGCUCGACGAGGCUUCCACCGCGGCUGACGUCCCCAGAGGCAAGGAGGUCAAGGAGAUGCUGGGGCUGAAGCACGACUUGCUCUCCAACGCCACCACUCAAAUGCUGGCGGCCUACACCGACUGGGGGGCUGCGCGUUUGGAAGCAGGCGCGCAGCAGCUGACUUGAAAUGGAUCGACGGGAUGAGGCGCCUGCGCUCUCGUCUGAAGUCCUGGUUAUCUCUCCUCUUUGAGUCGGUUCUUUGAACGCUCUGCGGGAAGACUAUCACAGGAGGAGUCUCGUUUAGUGCCUGUCGUGUUUGUGUGCCGUUUGAGAUCUGGAUUGGGGGACUAAGUCCGGAGGCGGCGGUGCAAUGGACUGGAGCGAUACAAAAGUAGGUCGGAGAUCUAAUGCCCCCCCCCCCCCCCUCCAGCAACAAAACCCGCCCUGGUUUCCGAAACUUUUCCCAAUACCAGCACCCAUGCACCUGCGUGGUUCUUUCUGUAGGACAGGUCUUGAUUGGGCCGUGUUGGUUACAAAAGUGUCGCCUAUGUGCAUGUUGCAGUCGGUUCACUUGGGGAUCAGGCUGGGUUUGGGGUUUGUUUUCUUGCUCUGGUGUUGGGUUCGUCUGCACGGCGGUACAACA